CCAACACUAGGACCAGCAGCAGCAACAUUCCUUCCCGUCAUGGGACAGCCUUCCCUGUGGUCCUGUCCAUGGCGGCAGGACACACCAACACCCUUUCUAUAUCCCAGCACCACCACCACACUCUGGCCUCUCCGCCGCUGCCGCGCCACACCGCCACUGUCUGCUGGCUACUGUCCCAUCGCCGCCCCGCGCAUCGCCGUCAGGAAACACUGGGUAAGCCACAAAGAGGGGCAAUGGGUCUGUACAUGUGUGAGGCGGUGAGGGGCGUGGCCAGGGGGCGGCUAGCGGCGUGUGUCACCAGGGAACUGUGUACUAACGUAAAAAGGGCACCUGUCAAAAAAGAUCUGUCAAAGCCAAUGGCCACAGCAUACAACCCAGGGGAGGUGGAACAAGGCUGGUACUGCUGGUGGGAGGAUCACGGCUUUUUUCGACGAUCUGAUGCACAGGAGAAAUUUGUGAUGGCUUUCCCUCCCCCUAACGUGACCGGCUCCCUCCACCUCGGCCACGCUCUCACCUGCUCUAUCCAGGAUGCUGUUGCCCGAUGGCAGCAGAUGCAGGGUAGUCAUGUGGUGUUCAUCCCAGGGGCAGACCAUGCAGGGAUAGCAACACAGGUGGUGGUGGAGAGGCAUCUUUGGGACACACAGGGGAAGACAAAACACGACAUUGGUAGAAAGAAGUUUGUUGACGAAGUAUGGAGGUGGAAAGAGGAGAAAGGAACAAUGAUAUUUGACCAGUUACGGCGUUUGGGAACAUCACUAGAUUGGGACAGAGCUGUGUUUACUAUGGAUGAGCACAUGAAUCAAGCAGUGACUGAGGCAUUUAUCCGUCUGUAUGAUGCUGGACUGGUGUACCGCAAGGAGGCACUGGUGAACUGGUGCUGCAGCCUUCAGUCAGCCAUCUCGGACAUUGAAGUGGACCACCUACACUUGACAGGUCCCACAGAGCUCAUAGUCCCCGGGUACAGUGAACCAGUCACCUUUGGGAAGAUGUACGACUUUGCUUACAGAUUGGCAGACUCGGAGGAAGAAGUCAUUGUGAGCACUACACGGCCAGAGACAAUGCUGGGAGACACUGCUGUAAUGGUUCACCCUGAGGACCCUCGCUACACACACCUCCAUUCCCGACACCUGCUUCAUCCACUACGCCGAGAGACCAUACCUGUGAUUACUGACUCUGUGGUUGACCCAGAGUUUGGUACAGGUGCAGUAAAGGUCACGCCAGGUCACAGCCACGAGGACUGUCAGGUUGGGGAGAGACACAACCUUCCGUUCCAUUCCAUUCUUGAUGGCAGCGGAAAGAUCACCAAUGUUGUGCCAGAGUUUGAGGGUUUGGCGAGAUUUGAGGCACGAGGGGCAGUGCUGAGGGCUCUGUCAGCACUGGGGCUGUACAGAGGGUGCCGUGCCCACCCCAUGAUGGUGCCUCGCUGCAGCAGGACUCAGGAUGUCAUUGAGCCUGUGCUGAGGCCACAGUGGUUCGUUCACUGCAAGGAGCUGGCACAGGAGGCAUCUGAGGCUGUGCAGAAUGGCUGUCUUUCCCUAGUGCCAGAGCUGCAUAGGAAAUCAUGGCACAGCUGGCUGGACAACAUCACAGACUGGUGUGUCUCCCGGCAGCUUUGGUGGGGCCACAGAAUUCCGGUGUACCAUGUCACUGCAGUAGAUGGUCGAGAAGCGUGGGUGGCAGCUGGCUCGGAGGAGGAUGCGAGGAGGAAGGCUAUGGAGAAGGAAGGCAUGUCCUUGGAUUCAAUCACCUCCACCCAGCAGGAGGAAGAUGUGCUGGACACCUGGUUCUCCUCCGGCCUGUUCCCCUUUGCUGCUCUGGGCUGGCCGGGUCAAGAGAGGGGAGGGACCACAUCUGACCUUGAUCGCUUCUACCCAACAACCUUGGUGGAAACUGGUCAUGACAUCCUUUUCUUCUGGGUGGCUCGGAUGGUGAUGCUGGGACUCAACCUGACGGGGAGGCUUCCCUUUGAGACUGUGUUACUGCAUGGCCUGCUGUGUGACGCUGGUGGCCACAAGAUGUCCAAGUCCCGCGGCAAUGUGAUCGACCCUCUGGAUGUCAUCAGUGGGGCGUCUCUGGAGGUGCUGUGCAAGAGGGUGGAGGGCAGCCUGAAUGCAGAAGAGGUCCUCAAUGGUAUUAGGAGAAACUUCCCUGCUGGCAUCCCUGAGUGUGGAGCUGAUGCACUGAGAUAUACCCUGUGCUCUACUAACUUCAAGAACCAGCUACUAAACAUCGACGUCACUCGCAUGGAGCAGAACAAGUUUUUUGGCAACAAGAUCUGGCAGACGGUGAGGUUCCUGCUGUCAGCGCUGGACAAGGUGGCUGAUGGGGGAAACAACCACCACCACAUCACUCCCCCAUCCAUUUUGCUCCACAGACGGCAGCAGCUGGGACUAAUGGACAGGUGGAUAAUGAGUCACCUUAGCCUAGUCACCACUGCAGACAACAGCUUCAAGACAUAUGACCUCCAUGUGGUGACCAAAGCUUUCUCCACCUUCUGGCAUAACCAACUGUGUGAUGUUUACCUGGAAAGCAUCAAGACAGUUUUGAGAGAUGGCACAGAGGCAGAGAAAGCUACAGCCUUGCAGACACUGUGGACCUGCAUUGACUCUGGACUGCGACUGGUGGCUCCCUUCAUGCCCUACCUGGCUGAGGAACUAUACCAGAGACUCCCAAGGCAGCAGGGAAGGCAGGAGAGUAUAAUGCAGUGUGGCUAUCCUCUACCAAAGGAGUUUGAGGGUAUGAGGGACACAAGGGUGGAGGAGGGAGUGGAGGCCUUGCUGGAAGUCGCUUCAGCUCUCCGUACUCUCAAGACUUCCUAUGGCAUAUUCCACAACAGAGUUAAUGGCACUGUGGUAUGCUCAGAUAGGGUGCUGAGGAACAUACUGACUGACAACCUGCAGACACUCACCACUCUGGGUCGCAUGAAGGAGGUGAAGGUGCAGGAAGGCAGCGCUCACCACCCAUCCCUCCACUCCGCCUGUGCUGUCUCCACUAUCUCAAGCACCACCACUGUCUACCUCCACCUCCAGGGUGUAGUUGAUCCCACGGUGGAGGUGGCAAGACUGACCAAGAAACUCAUGAAACUGGAGAAAGAUGAGAGGAAGGUUGUGAAGAUGGUGACGUCCCCGGGUUACUCAGAGAGGUCGCCACCACAUAUACAGCUGGCCCACCACACCAAGCUGCAUUCGAUCAGGACUGAGAUUGAGAAGGUGAGAGCUCUGAUACACAGCCUGGAGGACCUGUAGAAGACCUCAGCACACCAUCUUGACCAGAAGACUCACACUUAACAUCCCAUAGGAGAGAUAGAGAUCCUUGCUGGGAGACUAGAAGAGGUCAAAUAAAGGUACCAGUUGCCAAAGAUGGAAAACUGUCUUGAAGUCCCUCAUGGCUGGUGAAUCUCUAUCAGACACACUGGGAACAACUGUAUGAAGUGCCAUUGACUCCAACCUUGUAAAGAUGAGCUGUACAGGAGAAACACCCCAUGAGAAGACUUGAUUUGAUUGAUUGAUUGAUUGAAAUGUCCAGCACUUUUGCCACUUUUACUUGUAAGAGAAAGAAAGCAGAGGAAGAAGUGGAGGUACACUUAAGUAGCAAAUGAUAAUGAAAAAGAGUUAGAGGAGAAAAAAAAUUAGAGGAAGUGGAGAUGGAUAACUAAAGUGAAAGAAAAUAAUGAGAAAGAAGAAUUAGGGAAGAGAAGUUGGAGGAAAUGGAGAUAGAUAAGAGGGAGUGGAGAAAGUGGAGGUAAAUUGAUGUAGCAAAUGAUAAUGAAAAAGGGAUUAGAGAAAGUGGAGAUAGAUUACUAAAGUGAGAAAAAAGAAUGAGAAAGGAAUUAGAGAAAAGAAACUAGAGGAAAUGGAGAUAGACAGGAGAAAGUGGAGCUAAACUAAUAUAGAGAAUGAUGAGGAAUAAUAAUAGUAGGAGAUAAGAGGAAGUGAAAAUAAAUGUUUAAAGCAAAGGAAAAGAAUGGAAAAGAGGAAUCGGAGAAGAAAAACUGAAAGAACUGGAGAUAGACAAGGAGAAAAGAGGAGGAGGAGAAGAAACUAGAAUUAAAACAGUAUUAAAUAAAGAGCACAUCACGAGUACUUUUCCCCACAUAAUAAACCAUUUGAAUCACCAGGUAGUUGGCAGUACAAUAGGUGACUCAGGUAAGCCAGCUCAUUAAUUACCAUUAUGUAAAUAAGAUUAACUUUUUCCUGAAACGUUUGUAAAUAGUUCUGUAAGUAUUGAUUGUUGCUCAUUUUAAUAGUUUAUUCCUUUCCAGUUUGUUUGUUUUUUAUUUAUAUGGUUGCUUGUCUUGGGUGAAGUGUAAAGCUGGUGAUUGGAGCACAAGUAACUAAUGAGAGUAAUUAAAUAAACAUGUUGUAUAUA